CUCGGGGCACUCAAAGCUUUGACAGUCUUAUUUUGUUUGACAUAUAUAUAUAUGGCAGCCUCAACAUCUGCUCCAGAGCUGCAGCAGGCAGUUAGGCCCGCGCAGUCUUAUAAGCCAACAGGAAUACAGAGACCAAAGCAAUGGAGUUCAGAGGUCGAAGAUGCUUACAGAUUUCAACUAGCUGGGUACAGAGACGAGAGGGAGUAUGCGGCAUGUAAAGGACCCGACUCCGUUGAGAGGUGGCCGGAAAAUGGCUUUGUCAAGAAGCUGCAGCGCAAGGACGGAAACUUCUACUACUACAAUCAACGGCGGGAGUGCGCAGACAAGGACGUAGGUGGGACGAAGAUCUACUCGUACGCUGAGCAAGAAGGAAAGUAGUGCGGUUGAAAUUGGGCCGAAACUGUCCCACUCAUGCAUAGUGCAAAUCACACGCCGCGCGACUAGGAGGAACGCCAACUGCAUUUAAAAUCUCUGAUUUUAGGCGUGGGGCCUCUGUAGGAUAAAGAUCAAAUGGAAAAGAAGUUGACCCCAAGUAUAUGCGAUAGAUUUCUCCAUGCGAUCUAAAAGAAUAUCAUUCGCAAAAUGCAAAUAUUAGCACUCGUGUGUAUGAAAUUCAUUUUUAGAUUCAUAGAUAUCUUGGCGAGUUGGUGUAUU